AUGGCAGCAAGAGUGGAAUUUUACCAGAGUCGAAAGGAACCCGAUCAGACGUACCGACAAUGGACUGCUGAACUCAAAGGUAUCUCUCGGAAGUGCAACUUUGACGCCCGCAUAUCCCAGGAAUCUUACGCAGAUGACGUGGUCUGGGAUCACAUGAUCCAAGCUGCACCAGACGCGGCUUUCUGCCACGACGCCUUAAAGUUGGAGGACCCUUCGCUAGAUCAAAUCAUAGACCUUGCAUUCAAGUUUGAAGUUCCCACUGCAGCUGACCACAGAUUGGAAACGUCGACCGACGUCGCAGUCGUCCGAGAAGAGACUUCCGACGUCCAGGAGGACAUUGCGGCCGUAUACGCACCUUCACACCGCACUCCCCAGCGCACCGCACCGGCAUCUUCUCGGCGUACGGAAAACAAAAAAAGACGGUCGUUCAAGGAAGACAACCAGCAGCUCUCACGGGGCCAGCAGCGCCGCCGCAGAGAACCCCUGUGCCUUCCAUCAUGUCCAGGAUGCUAUUCCCAGCAUGAACAGGAGGAUUGUCCUGACCGCUGGGCGACGUGUCGUCGUUGCAGUCGGGACGGGCACCUUGCCUCUGUCUGUCGCUCUGCCACGGCGCCAAUCUCCAGGCACUCCGACACCAAGGCGUCCGUGGACAUCAACCAAGUUGUGUCUUUGGCGUCCCCCAAACUGUAUAUUGAUGUCACCCUAUUGGGUAAGCCAGUUCGACUGCAGGUCGAUACAGGGGCUGCGGUAUCCCUGCUCAAUUACACUACCUAG